AUAAAUAAUUCACGGCAAACUGAAAACUCUCCCAUUCCCGAAAAACCCUCAUUUGACUCCGGCCACCACCAAGCUGCUGCCGUAACGCUGCACACUUGCCACCACUCGUUAUCUUCAUCUUCAACUCACAAGUACUUGCAUUGCUGUUCGAACACACGAUUGGUUAGGUAUGGAGGAUUUGGCGUCUGAAUGCAAGAAAAAAAUGGCAAUAUUUAGACUUCAAGAACUUAAGGAUGUCCUCAGCCAACUUGGUCUUCCAAAGACAGGGAAAAAGCAGGAUCUUACGGAGAGGAUACUGACUUUGCUUUCCGACGCAGAAGCAUCAGGUAGUCAUGGCCAUGGUUCGCGAAAGAAAAAAGAUAUACAUAAGGAGGAUGUGGCAAAGACAAUUGAUGACGUUUACAGAAAAAUGGCAAAUGCUCCAGUCGCUGGUGGACAAACCGUCUCUGACAGUAGCAGCAUUUCACCUAAAAUGGAGAUUGUGGAUCAGAAAGUUCGUUGUCCAUGUGGCAGUCCACUGAAAACAGAGUUCAUGAUUCAGUGUGCAGAUUCACAAUGUAAUGUUUUGCAACACAUUCCCUGUGUUAUUAUCCCCGUGGAGUCUACCGAGGAAGCUUCACCUGCUCCUUCCCAGCAUUAUUGCGAGAUUUGUCGUGUCAAUAGAUGUGACCCAUUUUGGACCACUUUGGCGAACCCGUUAAAUCCGGUGAAGCUUCUUGCCUCAACUAUAACGGAUGACGUUUCAACUCCAGUACAGGUAUUGGAAACAAGCUUCCAAAUUACUAGAGCUGAUGUACAUUUGCUGGAGAAAGCAGGAAUUGAUGUACAGGCUUGGUGCAUGCUUCUAAACGACAGUGUUCAAUUCAGGAUGCAAUGGCCUUGCUAUCCUGAUCUAAAAGUCAAUGGAAUCCCUGUCAAGACAAUCAAUCGACCUGGAUCAAAGAAGCUUGGUGCCAAUGGUCGUGAUGACGGUCCAUCAAUCUCAGUGUUUCUAGUGGAGGGAUUUAACAAGAUCUCUUUAUCCGGUACUGAUGAUCGAACCUUUUGCUUAGGUGUCAGAUUAGUUAAGCAAAGAACCGUUCCACAGGUUAUUAACAUGAUUCCUGGUGAAGAAGAAGGUGAAUCCUUCACUGAAGCUGUUGCUCGUGUUUGUCGUUGCAUUGGUGGCGGAAUGACUGCUGCUAAUGAUGAUAGUGACAGUGAUUUAGAAGUUAUUGCAGAUAAUGUCACUAUUAAUCUUCGUUGCCCAAUGAGUGGAUGUCGAAUGAAAACGGCUGCUAGAUUUAAAGGAUGCGUUCAUCUUGGUUGUUUUGAUCUCCAUACUCUUGUUCAAAUUAACCAACGGUCUAGAAAGUGGCAAUGCCCCAUUUGUUUAAAGAACCAUUCAUUGGAGGACAUUAUCGUUGAUCCCUAUUUAAAUCGUAUUGUUAAGAUGAUGCAACCUUGUGAUGAAGAUGUAACCGAGAUCGAAGUGAAAUCCGACGGUUCAUGGCGUGUGAAAAUCGGACGCCCGUUUAUGGAUCUCGAAAGAUGGCACAUUUCAGAUGGAUCUUUGUGUGCUUCCGAAGCGAAACCCGGUUCCAGUAUCGCGGUUUCCGGUGAAAAAAGUGAACACCGGUCAGCAAACGGGAACGAGAACGGGGUCUCAGAAUAUAUGAUAGAUGGCGCGCAAGAGAUAAUCUCAAUGAGCCAUAGUUCUUCUGAUAACAUGCAACAAGACGAGAGUCACGAGAUACAGAGUGUCAACCAUGAUGUUAUGAUGGAUUCUGUACCGUACAAUCAUAACCCAACAUCUGGUAUCACUAACAGAAGCUCUUCAUCGUCAUUAGGAGAGCAAAACAUCAUCGUUCUUAGUGAUUCCGACGAAGAAAACUUUGAUAUGGUUUCCGAAACACCCGGCCCACCGGACCCGCCCACUGCUAGUUUUAGUUCACACACUGCUAAUCCUGAAACCCUUGAUAUGCACAUUGAAGAUGUUGUAUUUCCAGCUGCGUCAGAAGUUCCUAACGAGGAAGCUGAAUCUAGUCAUAAGAAUAAUAACAAACGUUUAGGUGGCCCAGGUGGGCCAAGUGGCCCGUUCACAUUUCCCCGUCAGCCCAGAUCUGUAAGAAGACAUCAUGGAACAAAAAUUGCACCAGGAAACGAAAAGGUGACUAAUGGCUGAAUUCUUGAAGGCAGUGCAAUGUAAUUUAAGUGAAGCUGCAAUUUGAAAAGGAUAGUUGUGGUAUGUUACAAAUGGAUUACAGUUGGUAUAGAACUAUAGAUUCAUCUCUUUUUGGUAAGUCAGUAGAAAGAAUCUAUAAAUUUUGUUGUCUGGAUAGUUCUGUAAAUCCUAAUACCAUCUUGUAUAGAUAUUGUACACCUAUCCUGACAUAGGUUAUGGUUUUUUUUUUUUU